UAGAGCUCUGUUUUUGCUCCAGGGCUAAGUGCAUGUCAAUUGAGAAGCACUGGAUUAUUCUUUUUAAACAGCAUCUUUGGAAUUAUAUUUUCUCUUUCACUGUCAGUCUUUGAAAAAAAAAAAUAGGAUCUUACUGGGUUUGAUAUACUACAAUCGAUGGAAUACUAGACGUAUAUAACACAAAAAGUUGCCUGCACAAAGGACAAAUUAUUUUUUUGACAAAACAUAGAAACCGGGGAUCACCCGCAGCAGACGACAAUAAAAUGUGGUCGGGCGACUGCCAAGAAUUAUAAAUAAAACAUCAAUAUUAAUGAUUACCACAUUAACAAUAUAAUUAGACAAUUACAAUAGAACACGUAAUAAAAUACGCGUUACAUCUAAACGAUAACCUAUAUAUGGAAUUGGAUAGCAUCACAAAAACCGCGAUAUAAGUUUAGACAAAGAUCGAGCAGACGAAAGAAGUUUCCCAGCGCCUCACAAGGGGGUCUUUGCUUUAGAAAUCCAAAACAAAUACGAGCAGAAAAGGGAAUUGUUUUGCGGAGUUAAAUAAACUGUAGGUGUUACGAGCAACCCCGAUGAUACACUCGAUAGUAAUUGUGAUGAUAAACAUCGCAAAUUACUCAACUGGAAGAAUAACCAGCGAUCUAUAACAAUUGUGGGUAGAUUUUCUAGUUUAUAGUUUAGCCACUACAGAGUACUACCGUUUGUUAUUCAAGCUGGAUGUAUAGUACGUAUUGUGAGCGUUAAAUACAAUAUUGUAUUCCAGAUUAUUUUACGAGAUUGUUUAUAUGAAUAUUAUUAUUGGAGAUGUAUAACUAAAUGGAGAUUAUUGAUGAAAAACAAUUAACUGCUAGCGCCAGCUGUGAAGAAAUACAUGCUGAAUGUAAUGUAGUUAUUGGACAAUGUGAGACCGGCGUAGACACAACGGAAUUGUGCGAUAAUCAUCAGAAUACAGAUAUGAAAGAAGAAAUAGCGAUUGCGAGGUCAGUGAGCACGAAUGCUGAAAUAAGCAACGGCGAUGAAGAUGAUAAUCCUUGUGUGAACAUGUCUAUAGAUUACUCAAAAGAAGAAUCCGAUUUUAGUGAUUAUGGAGAGGAAAAUACUCGAUGUCAACUCGCAAAUCAAGCAGUCAGAGCUAAGCUAUUAAGCAGUGUCGCUAAUCCGGCUAAUGGAAGCGAUUCAAAAUUAAGGGUGUCAGUGUUCGAUCAUAGGAUUAUACCAAAGAAAUUUAUAAUUCCAAAGAAAGCAGAAGUUCGUUCUUCAGUUAGUAGUGCUAUGGAUACGGAACGUGGUAAUAAGAAUUUACGACCUAAGGAUUUUGGAUGUGAUAACAUAAAGGAUAAUAAACGUAAAAUGUCUAGUCUGUCUUAUACGGUGCUAAAGGCUAGUAAACGAUAUAACCGUGAAAAAAGUUCGGAUAAAUCACCGAACAGUCCUAGUACGGAAGGUGACAAUGACGUAAGAACGCGCUUUGAUAUUCUACUCAGGAAUUUAAUUGGUGAUGUGAAUGAUAUGAAAGUGGAACCAUCUCAUGUGACUGUUUCUAGCGGAUAUGAAAGUGAUUAUACUCAAAAUCGAGAACUAGACAAUAAACCUGGUAAGUCGAUAAAUCAUACACAGCAACACGAUCUAAAUAAAGAUAAUCUCACGGGUAUCAUCUCUGGUGUAAAAUCAGUGAAUUAUUUAUCUGAAACUGGUGCUAAUGCUCAUAUGAAUGCAUCUUUACAAGGCAGUCAUGGUUUUUCGUCACUGCCCGCAUUUCCGACUCAAAAUCAAGAAACUACGUCAGGUACAUUGCAGCGGUGUGAAACUGGGGACGUUCCCCUCGUUAACCUAGCAAAACAAGAACGAGAUUCUCAGGGAUUUUCUUACGCACAGAGGCACAAUUAUAAACUGACAAAGGUGACUAGAUCAAUGUAUGAAAUAAUUCAUGAUCUUCAAAAUGGAGAAAAAGCUACAGCAGACGGACGGAAACGUUCGAAAAAAGGGCGCCGAUCAUCACAAGAACAAAAUUCCGGAACUGACGGAAAUGCAUCCGCGCGAGAAAUGAGGCCGCGUGGGAGGGUGCAAUCAAGUAAUUCAAUUUUGGAUAAUCAGGCUGACCAAGCGUUCGCAAAUAAGCAGCUUGAUGUGAACACGUCAUCUAUUUCGGGUGCAGUUGUAAGGUGUGUGAGACGCCCGCUGUGCAAUGAAUCCCAGUCCAUUCAACGCAAUCUCCCCCAUACCGAGAUCAGCAACAGAUUAGUUACUUCACCCGCUAACAAUAAUUGUAAUAAGGUUCAAAAUGACUUGAGAAAUCUUUUAUGUGGCACGUCUGAUGUGACGUCGUCAAGUGCUGACAAUCAUGAACAUCAAGUGGAUUUUAAUGCGUUAUCAGGUGGCAAUAACACGCUGAGCAAUAUCUCAAGUACGGUGAACGGUCAUGUAGACACUGGAUUUAAUCAUACGGGCGUUUCAAUUAGCAAUGAACUUAACACGACCCAGGGUCAAAGAAGACCCACACUUAACGAACAGUUCAUGAAUAGACCAAAACCUGAUGAUCAUGUUUACGAAACAAUUCCAGGGGAUGAAAAAUUUUAUGAAGAGUGGAAGAAAAUGAGAGCAAAUCCGAAAAUUCCAAAAAUAAGACGUUUCACAACAAUUCCCGAUCUUCCCGGGACUUUUAUUCCAAAAGAACCUCCAGCACUACCUGAACGAAAAUACCUCAAUUCUAAUGAACCUCAAAACAAGGACACAGAUAAUUACAUUUUCAUGGGUGACGUAAAUUCAAAUUUUCCCGCCAAAAUAAACUUGAAUCCCGAACGUUCCGAUUCAGGCUAUGCUUCAGUGGCUUCAGGCAAAAUGUUGGAAAGGAUUCAGUUUUAUGGAUAUCCAUACCCCCUCCCUGAAGAUGGCGCGUCACAAAUCGGAAGACACGAUGAAACGUCGGAUGGUUAUUGCAGUAUUGAUAACCUAUCGUUGCUUCGCGAGAAUAUCUCAGACAUGUCGUUUCCGGAAAUCCCGUCACGUGACUGGCGGAUUUCGAACACGAACAGUUUACCGCGUCUACCACCGCAGAGAAAUGACUACUUUUUAAGCCCUAUGAAUAAAGAGGAAUAUAGAAAGAAUUUCUCAGAAGUGUCACGUGGACCUCACAGACAAAUGUCACGUGACAAAAAUUUUGAAAUGGACCAAACGUUAUUUGAUGAACCUAAAAAACCUGUUUUCCAAGCAACUUACGUUUAAAACUUGUGGAAAUCAUUAACAUUUCGUGAGCAUUUUUGUACAUGCAUUUAUUAGAUCUAUAAACAAAAUGUUCAAAAUUUAUUUAUUUCGAUGGUGCUUAGGUUACAAAUAUUAGUUGUCAAGUCCUCUUGAACUGUCAUGUAUUGUACAUUUAGUUGUUUUGUAAUAAUAUAAACCUUUAUUGCAAAAGGACUGUUUAUGAAAACUAGCAAGUGCAUUUUUUAGCCUUAAUAAAUUAAAUACCAUUUUCGCACUCUAUUGAAAACUGGAAAUUCUUUCAUUACCAUGAAAUCAAUUUCUAAAAUAAAUUCCUUUUUUCAAAAUCAAUCAAAGAAAAUAAGGUAUAAACUGCAUGAUGCAUUAGUUUUUAAUGAUAUUAUAAUGUUACAAUAUACUCUUGCACUGCGUCACUGAACCACAAAAAUAAAAUGCAGGUGCUCUUUUUUAUUAAACUAAAUGAAAUAUAGUAUAACAGUACAAUACAAAACACUUGCCUUACAAAAUUGCGAGAAUUUAAAUUACUGCUAUCAAAUACAAUAAAGGAUGCUUUUAUGACACAAUUUGAAAGUAUUGUCUAGGUAAUUUUCAGCUUCACACCUGCCCCUGUAUCAAACUACUCGCCGGUAGCAUAACACUGAAAUUUCUACAUAACUUCUGUAUGAAAAUGUUACUUAUACAUGUUGUAAUAAAUUGUUACUAUGAUUUUAUUAUUGUCUUUUCAUUUCAGUGAAUUUGCUUUUUUAAUGGUAUAAACUAACAAUAAAUUAUAAAUGUGCAAUAAAAGUCACAAGAAAGUUUACAUUUUCUCCCUUAAAAGUGUGGGAAACAGAGGUGACACUUUUUACUUAUACUGUCAUUAAAAAAAAACUUUCGAAACAAUUAUAGAAUAGGUAUUUACUUAAAAUGUCAUUUAAAACAAAGCUGUUCAGCACAAGACUCAUAAAAUUAAUAAGCAUUGAUUAAAACAUUAAACAUAUCAUAAAUACUUUAAGCAUUAAUAGAUUUGUUUGAAGUCUAGUACAUAAUUAUUGUCUAGCAAUUAUUCUGUGGGCCUCUACGGCCAAGUGAGUAAGGUCUCUGAUUUUAAAUCACGUGCCCCUCACCUCUGUGGGUUCAAACCCUACUUAGGUCAUCAUGUGUAAAAAGCUGUCCAGCUUGCUUGCAGUGUCAAGUCAGUGGUUCAAUCCAUGUGCCUGUUCAUGUCUGAAAUUAUAUCCAACUUUAAGUUCUCAUAUGCUAUGUCUAGGGCUAUGUCAGUGUGUCUUUAAAAUAACCCUUACCCUGCUAAAUUUCUAUAAUGAACUUGUCCAUCCUUCAAUUUGGACAGUACCAUUAACUGUUAAAAGGGGUGCUUACCAAAAAGAUACUAACUGAAUGGCGAACAGUGCAGACCAUGGUCUGGUCACAAAGGCAGAAUCACUUGCCGCCUACAGGCUAAGGGUUAAAACUCGGCACACAACAAAAAAGACCGAAAAUAUUUUGGUCAUCUUUUGAUGUCUGUAUUUGUCUUCUAAAUCUAUUAUGUUUUUAAAUCUGCACUGAGUUUCAUUUAUUGAUAGUGGUUGAGGACCACAUUUUUGUGGUCUGUAUAGCUGUGGUAAUUUGAAUAUUUUUUCAACCUGAAUUUUAAAAGCUUAAAAUUUCUUUGCCUUCAGGCGGACAUUGAUAAACAUUUACAUGCAUUUAACUUAACCUUGUAACCUACACCUGGUCUGUGAGCGCUUAAUUUAUUUCAAGAAAAAUUUAAAGAAAAUGACAAAAAAUGACUCAGUAUUAUAUUCACACUAAUAUUUUAUUCAAAUGCAUUUCUAAUAAACCACAUUGUCACAUAUUUUACGUGCACAUGCAUUUAGACAUUUUUAAUUUAUAAGAAAAAAGAUUUUUAAUAUAUAGUUACAGCCUAUUAAAUUCUAAAUAGUGUAUAAUUGCAAAAAGUGAAGAUGACAAGGAUUUGUAACAUAUUUUGAGUAUGUGUAAAUAUUAAAAUCCACUAAUAUAGUAGCUUAACAGACAUGAAAUAUUUAUCAAUCAAUGUGACCAUUGCACACAAAAACAUUAAUAUAUUGCCACAUCAAUGUACUCUACCUCUUACUGUCAGUAACUGAGUCAUCAAACUGAAAAGAAUUAUCUAGCUGAUCAAAUUUUUCAACAUUUUUUUUUGUCUUUCAGAUCCUUUGAAUAAAUAUGUGUCUCCUAGA